GUCGGAAGUAGAUUUCAAAAUCAGACGUUUUGGCUGCAUGCGGAAGUGACACGUUCAUAAUGGCAACCGGAGCAGAUCAAGCUGUUGGUUUUGGACUUGUUGGUUUUAGCCUGUUACUGUUUACAUAUUACACCCUUUGGGUCAUAGUCUUGCCUUUCGUAGACAGUGACCAUGUGAUCCACAGCUAUUUCCUUCCACGAGAAUAUUCAGUCAUACUUCCUGGGGUUGCAGCAUUAAUCCUCUUACUUUUUGUUGGUACCUUCAUAGGGGUGGUAACAUGGAAGAAUCGAAAACCUAAGAAAAGUGAUUAAGACUCUCCAGGCUGUUGUGAUUCAUCUGGUCACAAGAACGAGCUGUGUUGAUUUCACUCA